AUGACAACUAAUUUUACUAAUUUUUACUACGACUGCUUUUGUGCUGAACUAGCUAAAAGUGGUAGAUCUUAAUGUAAAGCAUGCUAUAAUCCUAUUGAAAAUGAUAGCCUAAGAAUUGGAUAUAAAAUUUAUGUUAACGAAGAGCAUUCUGUAAUAAGUACUAAAUGGUAUCACCCUAAAUGUGUAGUUCUACCAGAAAAAUUUACAAACUUAAAGGUAUGGGAUAUUGAGGGAAUAGACGACUUAGAGUCUAAAUAUCACAAAGAAAUAAAAGAAUCACUUAAAAUCUAAUAAGGAAAAAAAGAUUAAAGAGUCUAACAUCUCCCAAAAAUAACAAUUAGAGAGUGUAAACCUACUUCAAAAUUUAACUAAUAAAAAACAUUCGAUAAGCAGUAAUGGAAUAAGUUUGUUUCUUAUAAGGAAGAGUUUAAUAAUAUGGAUUAUAAAUAACUAAAGUAGUUGUUGAUUAAAAAUGACUCCUGCACUUUUGGUGGUAAAAAGUUACUUGCUAAAAGAUGUGCUAUACUGAAGAUGAUUGGGGUUGUGAAACACUGUCCAACAUGCGGAGGUAAUAGGAUAAGAUUUUAUUUUGCUGAUGGCUAAUAUUAUUGUCCAGGUUAUCUAGAUGAUACUAAUUGGGUAGACUGCAAACAAUGGUUUGAUGUAGAUGAAAUUAAAGGAUACGAUUGGAUAGAGUGA